CAUACCACAGGCAAAUCCAGCUCUCUGCUUGUUUGUUUAGGGCCUGAAUUCUAGCUUUAGUCCUUGCUGAUCCAUUCCUUCUACCUGUAACACAGGUCCCUCAUCAUGGGGACCAGAAAACUGACAAAACAACUGAAGAAAAUCGAACUCAGUGAUGAGAGUUUCAAGAAGGAUUCCUCAACCAAAAACCAGAGGCAGCAAAUUUUGCGGACCCCAGUCCUCAUGGCCCUGAUGAAGAGUCCUGGGCCUGGGAGGUACCUCCUUCCAACUUGCAUAGGCUACCAAGGUCAUGAUGCCUCCAUGCACAGAGCACCAGCCUACACUUUCCACACCAGGCACUCAGACAAGUGUGUUGCUGACACAAUCAGUCCUGGGCCUUGCUAUUACUGGGACCCCAGGCUCACCCGCUUUGGGAUGUCGAGCUGCCCCCAGGUUCCAAUGGAAGAACGGAUUCCAAACUUACGUGUGUGGUCUACACCAGCGCCCUGUACAUACUUCUGGGAGAAGGUUCAUCCCCCUGGUGAGCGCCGGUCACCUCAGUACUCUAUAGGCUACCGCUAUCCAUAUGGUGUAUCUUACCCUAACCCGGCCCCCAACCAGUAUCCACAGCCCUCCCGGCUGGGGUACAAUACCCCUGUUAACCAUUCUGCCCCAUGUUAUAGUUUUGGUUCUACUACUGCCCGAGGGGAUAUCAACAAGGAUUUAUACAGAAGCCCUGGCCCGGCAGUCUACGACCAGCCGGAGCCAUCAAUUUACAAGACUCGGAGCCCUAGCCACACCAUGGGCAAACCCUUUGGAUUCCCUCGUGACCAGACACACUACCCAGGUCCUGGUUCCCACGACGUGGAGACAGUCAUCGCUAACAAGCCCCAGGCACCUUCCUUCUCCAUGGGCGUCAAACAUUCACCCCACCUCACUCCACUGAUCGUGGAUAUAGAGGACUGAUCCUGUCCGCACCCCUCCUCUUUUCCGUACCACCGUGACUCUUUUCCUCCCCCCCCUUCAUGAUUAUAGGGCAGCAGUAGAAGGGGCCUCUGAAGGUGAGCUUGGUUACUUUUCUCAGGAUAAUUUUAGAGCCUGCCUUCAAGCUUGCUAUGCCCUGGUGCCAGUUUAUUGAUGGGCAUCUCUCCAGUUAUACCCUCUGCCCAAUAACACUCCCCUCAAUUAGGUUAAGAAGGAUCUCCACUUUCCUCCCCAAAAUGUAUGCAUUUUUUCUUAAAUAAAAUUGACUUUG